AAGGGAGUCAGUGGGGCAGAGGGAGCCCCUGGCUUGGGGCUUUGGUCUUUAGAAAAAAAUAUGAACUCUCCCCAGGCUCUCCUCCUGGGACCCUUCCUGAUCCUCUGGCCUGGUGCCUGACCUCCCUACUUGGGGCAAGGAGAGUUCCCGGCUUGGAAACUCCAGCUCUGUUGCUGAAGGACAAGAGACCCUGUUCCCAGAAGUGCGUCCAGGGCAAAUCACUUCACAUGUAUUUCUUUGAUCCUCACUAUAACCCUCUCUACAAGUUCGGAAGGAGAUGGCAAGUUCCCCUGGCUCCUGGUUCUCUAGCUGCCUCAUCACUCUGGUCAUCCUGCAGAUGCCUGCGCACCUGUCAGGAGAUGUCAGCAAGUUCCACCUCGCCCCGCUAGGGGGCACAGCCGAGCUGCUCUGCCCUCUGUCUCUCUGGCCGGUGUCGAUGCCCAUGCAGAUAAGGUGGCUGCGGCCCUCCCAAUCGCAACGCUCCCAGUCUGUUCACGUGUUCCGGGAUGGAAAGGACAGGGAUGAAGAUCUGAUUCCGGAAUAUAAGGGCAGGACGACGCUGGUGAGAGACAUCCAAGAGGGAAAAGUCACUCUACAGAUCCGCAAUGUGACCCUUGAGGAUCGAGGUCCAUACCAAUGUCAGAUCCAGGUCGGAAACCUGAGUCGAGAGGGGACCGUGACUCUUCAGGUUGCAGUUCUAGGUUCUGAUCCUUACAUCCACAUGAAGGGCUACAAUGCUGGUUGGAUCCAGCUUGUGUGCAGGUCGGUGGGAUGGUUCCCACAGCCUUGGGCCCAAUGGAGGGACCCGGAAGGCAGGAGGCUUCUAUCCCUGUCUGAGGAUCACACCCUGGACGCAACCGGACUCUUCCAAACAGCAGUGUCCAGCAGAAUCAGGGACAACACUCUGGGGAACGUGUCCUGCACCAUCCGUAACAUGGUCCUUGGCCGAGAGAAGACCACAGCCAUGCUUAUAGAAGCCCCAUCCCCAGGAAUGCUCUCCUCCUCAGCAGUGGCUCUGGCUGUGGUCCUGCCUGUCCUGGGGCUCCUCAUCACAGUAGGCAUUUGUCUCAUCUGGAAGCAAAGAAGAUCAAGAGAGAAGCUUCUCUAUGAACAGGUGAUGGAGGUAGAAAAUCUUCUUGCAGACCAUGCAAAAGAAAAAGGAAGACUCCAUAAAGGCCUGAAGAAACUCCGGAUGGAACUGAAGUUGAAAAGAGCUGCAGCCAACUCAGGCUGGAGAAGAGCCCGGCUACAUUUUGUGGCAGUGACCCUGGACCCAGACACAGCACAUCCCAAACUCAUCCUAUCUGAGGAUCGGAGAUGUGUGAAGCUUGGUGACAGAAAGCAGCCUGUGCCUGACAACCCCCAGAGAUUUGAUUUCGUCGUCAGUGUUCUGGGCUUUGAGUACUUCACGGCUGGCUGUCACUAUUGGGAAGUGUAUGUGGGAGACAAGACCAAAUGGAUCCUUGGGGUGUGUAGCGAGUCGGUGAGCAGGAAGGGGAAGGUCACUGCCUCGCCCGCCAAUGGACACUGGCUUUUGCGACAGAGUCGUGGUAAUGAGUACCAAGCUCUCACCUCCCCGCAGACCUCCUUCCGCCUGAAAGAGCCGCCGAGGUGUGUGGGGAUUUUCCUGGACUAUGAAGCGGGAAUCAUCUCCUUCUACAACGUGACUGACAAAUCCCACAUCUUUACUUUCACUCAUAGUUUCUCUGGCCCCCUUCGCCCUUUCUUUGAACCUUGUCUUCAUGAUGGAGGGAAGAACAUAGCGCCUCUAAUCAUCUGUUCAGAACUCCAGAAAUCAGAGGACUCACUUGUCCCCAAGCCAGAAGGAAAGGGCCAUGCUAAUGGAGAUGUGUCCCUGAAGGUGAACCCUUCCUUACUACCUCCUCAGGCCCCAGAGCUUCCCCCAGGGAUGUCCUGGCCCUCUGACCUGGGCCCGGCCCUUCAGGGGCUCAAGGCUCCUUCUUUUUAGAACUGUGCCUUGUGUCCCGCUCCCAUGACAUCCAGCCCGGGGACUCUGGAUAUCAGUCUCUUGGUCCACACCUCAUCCUGCGACAUCUCUUCCCUUUAACUGAAAUCCAGAUCCUUGUGUGAUUUCAAUUUGUACCACUUCUUUUUUAGGGCUCAAUUCUGAACCCUGCCUUUCUUUUAGGGUUCCCAUAACCCUGAAAAGCAAAUGCUCAGUUUAGGUGAUGUUGAACAUGUGUCCUCAAGAUUUAGGGAAAGGGUCUUCUACUCAAGGGGAUAUUUUUGAGUACUUGCUUCUGAUUCAUCCUGCAUUUGGACUUUCAGUGAUGCAAUUAGAUCCUCAGACCCUGACUUCUUACUUAUUCUAUCAAGGAUUGUUUGCCCCUUACCCCACCCCCCACAACACACCUCUGGCCCCAUCCUUCUCUUUCUCACUCUCAGUUUAGACCUCUAGCCCGCAAAGUCAGGUUUUUAAAAAUAAUAAAAUCAUACACCCUUCCUUCUUUCUUCAGGAGCUGGGGUAGGGCAGAGGGGUCACAUAUGCCAUCUUUUUUUAUUUUCUUGAUAAUGUUUAUAACAUAGUUUGGAGACAUUCAGAGCAAAUGUACAUUUUUCAAAAGCCAAUUUACAUAUUGAGGAUAAUCAGGUACAGGAAUUUUAAAUACAGCAGCCAUAAUUCUGAGGAUCCUCAGAAGCACAGUUAGGAAGCACAGCUAUAACAGAGCAACUCAGCUGUGUGUGGCCUUGAACAGACAGAGACAGAGGAAUAGGUCUGUUGUGGCAGAUGAGUCAGAAGAGCCAGUCUGUUGCGUUGGCCAUUUUGAAUACUUUCCUGAGAUUCAGAGAGGCCCCAUGAGAAAAAAGUAACAGUUUUUUUUUUUUUUUCCCCCCACAAGACCAUUAUAAUGGAAGACUUGACUAUUUGUGCAGCAAACAGCCUCUUAGGUCAGAGAGUAUUGAUUUCAAAGAAGUUGUUGGUGGAUUCUUAUUCGAAAGAUAAGAAGGUGGAAGGAUAAAAUAAUGAAUUGGAUUUUGGGGAGUGAUAUGGCUUAUUUGUUGAGACACUGGCUAUCAUUUUGCAGAUGGAUAUACAGUGUGACCCAGAAGAAACUAGAUCUUUUUGUCUGUUUAAUGGUCUUUCUAUUAGCACUUAUAACAGUGUUCUCCCAGAAAACAGAAUCAAUAGAAUGUGUGUGUGUGUACAUAUAUAUCGAGUGGGGGAAGAGGAUUGAUAAGACUUGGCUCAUAUGAUUAUAGAGCUGGCAGCCUCAAGACCAAGAAAGAACCAAUGUUUUCAGUUUAAGUUGAAGGUGGGGAAAAACUAAUAUACCAUACAAAGACUGUCAGGUAGGGUGAUUUCUGUCUUGGUUGGGGGAGGAUCAGACUUUCUGUUCUUUUCAUUUAUUUAAAUGAUUGGGUGAGUCCCACCUACUUUAGGGAGAGCAAUCUGCUUUACUCAGUUUGCUGAUUUAAAUGUUGAUAUUAUCCAAAAACAUCCUCACAGAAAUACCCAGAAUAAUGAUUGAUCAAAUAUUUGGGUACUUUGUGACCCAGGCAAGCUGAUACAUAAAAUUAACCAUCACAGUGACUGAGUAGAAUUUUUUUGAUUUUGUACAGUUAUUGAAUAAAACUUUUGGUAUCCAU